CUUAUAACUCUCAUUGUCUCACCUCUUAACAAGAAAAUCAGAACAGAGGGAAGGCCAAAAGACAAUAUACAAAUAUAUACAUACAUAUAUAUACAUAUAUAUAUCUAAGAGAUGGGUUGGUUAGACACAGCAAGGCCAUUCAUCGCUGUGAUCUUCCUGCAGGUUGGGCUUGCAGGGAUGGAUAUUCUAUCCAAAGCUGCACUCAACCAAGGAAUGAGCAACUAUGUAUUAGUCGUCUAUCGUCAUGUUAUUGCCACAGUUGUCAUAGCACCUUUUGCAUUCUUCGUAGACAAGAAAAUACGGCCGAAGAUGACCUUGUCAAUCUUUAUCAAGAUAUUGGCACUGGGCUUACUAGAGCCAGUAAUUGACCAGAACCUGUAUUAUUUGGGUAUGAAAUGCACCACAGCAACCUUUGCAUCCGCUAUGUACAAUAUUCUUCCCGCCACUACAUUCAUACUCGCCUUCUUCUGCAAACUUGAGAAAGUGAAUCUGAGGUGCGUGAGGAGCAUAGCUAAAGUGAUAGGUACUGGAGCCACAGUAGCAGGAGCCAUGAUUAUGACACUCGUAAAUGGUCCAGUUAUUGAGUUAUUUUGGACUAAAGAAAGUGGUAAACAUAAAAAAGCAACAGGCGAUCUUGAUCUUCAAGAUUUAAUUAAGGGCGCUGUAAUGAUCACCAUUGGCUGCCUCUGCUAUUCUUGUUUCGUGGUUCUGCAAGCAAUUACACUGAGAACAUACCCGGCGGAGCUGUCUCUUACGGCCUGGAUAUGCCUGAUGGGUACAAUUGAAGGUGCUGUAGUAGCUCUUGUGAUGGAAAGAGGAAAUUUUGUUGCCUGGUCCAUCGGCUGGGAUACUAAACUACUCACGGCGGCAUACAGUGGUAUUAUUUGCUCCGGACUCACGUACUAUAUUCAAGGAAUUGUAAUGAAAUACCGAGGCCCUGUCUUCGUAACAGCUUUUAAUCCGCUCUGCAUGGUUAUCGUAGCUAUCAUGUCAUCCUUCAUAUUUGCCGAACAAAUGUUCCUUGGAAGGGUUAUGGGAGCAGUGGUUGUAGUUGCAGGUUUAUACCUGGUUGUCUGGGGUAAGAGCAAGGAUUAUUAUGACUCUCCAUCCACAUUAAUCCAAGAUCAAGAUCAACAUGGAAAAGAGAUAAUGAUCGCCACAAAUGAAGAAUUAGGCGGUGAUAGGGUUUAAUCUAAAAUUAUUAAUAUCAGACUAUAUAUUUUAAUAUGAAUUACAUAUUUUUUUUUUUUAA